CCACAGGUCCAGAACCUGCAGCUGGAGCGGGAGAUGUCCCUGGCAACCAACCGCAGCCUGGCCGAGUCCAACCUGGGGCUGCAGCCCCGGCUGGAGAGAGGGAAGGCCCAGCUGCUGGAGAGGUACGGCGAACUGCGGCUGAUCCGCCAGGCCGUGACCGAGAGGCACCAGAAACUGGAGAGCCACCGGCAGGGGGCGGACCCCGAGGGGCUGCUGGCGGUGCUGCAGGCCGAGGGGGCGAAGGUGGAGGACGAGUCGGAGGUGAGUGGGGCCGUGAGGCCGGGGGAGAACUCAGUGUGUGUGUCUCAGUGCGGUAGAGAGAGUGGUGUGUGUGAAGCGUGAGAGGGAGGGGGUGUCCCCG